AUGCGGGAAGCUGCUGAACUGCAGGAUCCAACGGAGCUUUUCGCGGCAAGGCCUCUUGAGGAAAAUUUGUUCGAAUGGCAUUUCACCGUGAGAGGAACUGCAGACACCGAUUUUGACGGCGGAAUCUAUCACGGCCGUAUAAUAUUGCCUCCUGAGUAUCCAAUGAAGCCACCAAGCAUUAUCAUGCUUACGGUAUAUACGCGUUUGUGAUU